GUGUUCGUGUAUAGUCAAUAACGGGAAGCCUGUACUAGCACUAGCAGGCAACUUGAGAGCGAAGGGACUCUGUGCCUCUUUUUUUUCUUCUUUUUAAUGCGUUUCCUGUGUAAUACGGGCAGGGCCCACUCAUGGAAUAUUGAGUUGAUCUCACUCUCAAGCACUGGCUUUAGCCAGCUAGCUAGCUGCUGCAAGCUUGUUGUCAACAUUACUCGCUGUAACGCAUCAAACACCCGCCAGCGUCGUAAAUUGCUCCGACAUUGUUCCCUAUUUCGCAUUCGCAGAGACGGUAAUACACAUGCAAAGUCGUAGUCAUGUAAGAGGCCGUGCAUACGAGUUAUAAGCAUCGAGGAAUGCAUAGGCUCUUUCGAAUGAAAGUGAAGGCCUUCGCUUUUUUCCUCUCUCAGCAAAGUGGCGACACUCCCUUCUUUUUGCUCAGCUGCGUUAGGAUAAAGGGAAGAAACAUAAGUCUCAUCGCUUUCAACCGAAGAAGCUGGGCUGAAUAUUAGCUGUUAAACUGUCUACAAAGCCAGACGUAUCAUCGUGGGUCAACCUUGUAUUUUCAUCGGCAUACCAGCACAAUAACAAGGGUGCCUUCUUAUCUCUACUAGGGCACUCUUGUCGAGGUGUGUCCCUGAUUGACCUCAGCGGCAGCUCAUACACUACAGAAUCGAGGCCAAACAUACGGCGGCAAGCCAGCUAUACAGGCUGCCAGCCCCGUGCAAGCCAGCUUGCCAGCCGGGCUAGGCGUGUGUGUGUUUUGUGUUGGUGUUAGCAGCGGGCGUCGCCUAGCCAGCAGCCGACCGGGGCAUUCCGACAGGGCCCCGCUCAUAUUCAUCUUGUUUACUUCUCGCUGCCCAUGAAGAAGAAAAAGAGCUGUCUUUCCAGCAUGGAGCUGAGUGAUAUUGGAGAGAGGGUCUAUGCCGCCGAGUCUCUUCUCAACAGAAGGAUUCGAAGGGGCAAAGCAGAAUACCUUGUCAAGUGGAAGGGCUGGUCCAUUAAGUACAGUACUUGGGAACCAGAGGAUAAUAUCAUUGACAAAAGACUGCUGGAAUCGUUCAAAAAGCGCCGAAAAGAACUUGAAGGAACUACAGGACAUGGGACACCAGGUCGCAAGAAACGCAAAUCUAAGGUAUGUUUUAGAUUUCGUUGUGUUUUCCACCCCUAUCCAAACGACCAUUUUUAG